ACACAGGAAGGAGAUGGAGAAUUUAGUAACGGUAUCAAGGCAAUAACUUCUCCCCUCAGUCAGCAAGACAAAGAAGUGAGGGGAUGUACACAGGCAGUCAGCAUCAAUGCAGAAUGUCCAGGGAAUGGGGGCGGUGUGAGGGCCAGCACAGCUGUGAUGGGCCGAAUGGCUUUCCCUGCUGUGUGCUGUGAUGUCAGCUGCUAGGCUGGAGCGGAGGUUGGGGGUGGAGAGGAAUGGGGAUGCGACUGGUUGUUUUCUCAGAGCGAGGCCAGGGGCUGUGGAGCUGCAGUCGGUCAGAGCAGCAGCAGCAGCAGUGCAGUCGGUGGGAGCAGCAGCAACAGCAACAGCAGUGCAGUCGGUGAGAGCAGCAGCAGCAACAACAGUGCACUAUAGAGCUGCAGCAUCGGCAAGCAGACGGCACCUCCGGACACUGCUCAACCAGGAAGGAAUGGUCCAGGAUGCUGAAGCUGAGGAUCCUGAACACUGUUGCUCCUUCUUACUUCCUUGCCGUCUGCAUCACCACCACCAUCCUCCAGAGCUACGUCUUCAUCCCCGCCAUCUUUGCAGAUGAUGUGCUCCAGCUCUGGUCUCACUCCGGCUUCCACUUCACCUUCUAUCUCUACGUCUCCGUCAACGUUCUGGGCAACUACUUCUUCAUCCUGUGGUACCCGCCAGAGAGCCUGCACUGCAGCACCAGCGCUGCUGAUGGCCACCACAUACUGCAGGUCGGCAGCCAUUUCUGCAAGUUGUGCAGCAAGGUGAUCCUGAAGCGAGAUCACCAUUGCUUCUUCACCGGCAAUUGUAUCGGCAACAGGAACAUGCGCCACUUCCUCAUGUUCGGAUGGUGGACUUCCAUCGUCUGCCUCUACUCUCUGGUGGUGGGAGUAGCUUACCUCAGCACUGAGUACCACCUGUCCUUCGAAAACCCGCUCACCUUCCUCACCCUCCUCCCCCUCUCCUUUGUCCAUUUCUUCUUCAGUCAGAUCCCUUCCUUCCAGCUGUUUCUGGUGCUCAUGCUCUACAUCUGGCUGGGCAUCGGACUCACCUGUGCCGGCUUCUGCUGCCAGCAGAUCCUCCUGGUGGCGCGGGGUCGUACCUGGUACCACCUGAAGAAGGGGCUGCCGCCAGUCCGCUGCACACCGUGGGGAGUCAAUCUCCAAGACGUCUUCGGCAAGCGCUGGCUUCUCGGCUUCUUCUUCCCCGUCCCCACUGUACACGUCGAUCCAAAGGACAAAUAGACCCACAGUCCCGGCAUUCCCCACUUCCCAAACCCUGUCCCGGCAUUCCCCACUUCCCAGAGGCAAUUUCCCGACAUUCUCCCCAUGUCCCAAACCCAUUGUACAGAAUUCCCGGCAUUCCCCACUUCCCAGGUGAAGCUGGGAUUCUCCUGCAAUUAUUUAGCCGUGACCUGGACGUUCACACAGCAGCCAGACCACCAGGUGUAGUGACGGGACUGUGCACGGGAGAGUUCUCUCCCUGGACACGCUGUCCUUGUCCGUGAUCUCCCUCCUGCAUUGUGUCCGCAGUGUUUGGACAUUCGGCCCGUCUAGGUUUGUGGGACCCCAGAGCCUGCACCCUCAGUGCAGGGCCACACGCAGGGGAUUGGUGGUGGGGCUGGCAUGGAGUCAGACCACUUGAGGCUGUUGGUCAGCUGUCCACUCACCCGCUAACUGUAGGCUUAAGGAACAGCCUGUGCUGGCGGGAUCGCACUGUGCCCAGUGGGGUCACACUGUGCCCAGUGGGGUCAACCUAUCCAGUGGGGUCAGUGUCUAGGGUGGGGUCACACUGUAUUCAGUGGGGUCACACUGUGCCCAGUGGGGUCACACUGUAUUCAGUGGGGUCACACUGUAUUCAGUGGGGUCACACUGUAUUCAGUGGGGUCACACUGUAUAGGGUGGGGUCACACUGUAUAGGGUGAGGUCACACUGGGCCCAGUGGGGUCACACUGUGUCCAGUGGGGUCACACGGUGUCCAGUGGGGUCACACUGUAUCCAGUGGGGUCACACGGUGCCCAGUGGGGCCACACUGUGCGGGGCCAGAUUGGCCCAUAUGGAUACAGGUGUCCCGUGGCACUGCUUUCACUGCAGGUGAGG